AUGGCUCAGAACAUAUCAAUUGGAGCCUUAAAUGGGUCAAAUCAAAAGCUCCCCACAACGUGUGCCCACCCGCCCAGGCGGGCGCCGGCCCCGCCCUGCCCCGCACGCCCCGCCGGGCACGCCCACCCGCGGCUGCUGACAGUGAGUCCAGCGAUUGUUGCGUCUGGUGCCCGCGGUCGGGAAGGUCUCUGUGGUAAACCACCAGUGUUCCAAUCUAUGAAGUUAAAGGUUCCCCCUCAACCUGCAUAUUUACCUGGGGAGAAAGUAUAUUAUCAAUGUAAUCCAGGAUAUUAUUAUUCCUAUUUUUAUGGCCUCAGCACCUAUUGUGAGAAAAAUAACUCCUGGUACCCUAUUGAUGAAGCUUGUUACAAAAAAGAAUGUCCAGCUCCCAAGGUUCCUAACGGUAAAGUCUAUGAGCAGUAUGAACCACAAACGGGCUUUCAAUUUGAUAAAGAUGCGUACUUUUAUUGCAACUAUGGUUAUUAUUUAAAAGGUGAACCAAUUGUAACUUGUAAACUUUCUGGAGACACAGUGUAUUGGGGCGGUGAUAUCCCAACAUGUGAAAAGAUUCUCUGUGGAGAACCUGGAAUAAUAGAAAAUGGAAAACGCACGAAUAGCUGGAGGGUUGAAUUUGAAUUUAAUGAAGUAGUGACUUAUACUUGUGACCCUUCAGAUGGACCUCAGGAGUAUUCACUUGUUGGAGAGAGCAAGCUUUCUUGUUCUGGGCCUGACAAAUGGAGUAGUGGCCCUCCUCAAUGUAAAGGUAAUGAUAUUUCCAUUUAUUCUUCAUUUGUAAAUACAGUAGAAACACUUUGUAGAUAG